CCCCUUCUGCUAUUCUGCGCUCCCCCUGCUAACCUCAACACCCUCCUCGAAAUUCGGGUGUGUUUAUUGUUCAACGGAAAAUACUUCAAUUUUUUACUCGGUCAGUUAUACGCGUAAAUGCGUGCGACUGCGAUUUGAUUUGAGGGCUGAGAAUAGUAACAGUGUUCAGUGUUGUUGUACGACCAAGGUUGCUGUUUAAAACAUCGCUGGCUGCGUUAUAUAACAUUUUCCCUCUCCUGCGUUCAAACUAUCGUUAUCAUUCGGGGUCAUGCCUCCUCUUCUCUUUCUUAUGGUGCUCUGCGCACCGUUACUAGCGUGCGCGGAGCGAAGCAGCGUCGCCAUUGCCGAGAUCGGAGCCCUCACCUCCUUCAAGCUCAACCUCCAGGAUCCUCUCGGCGCUCUAGACGGCUGGGAUCCUUCCUCGCCGGCCGCUCCUUGCGACUGGCGCGGAGUUGCUUGCUACAACAACAGAGUCACCGAGUUGCGCUUGCCUCGCCUUCAGCUCAGUGGCCGCCUCACUGCCCGUCUUUCUGACUUGCGCAUGUUGCGGAAGCUGAGCCUUCGCUCCAACUCCUUCAACGGGACCAUUCCUUCGUCUCUUGGUAAAUGUGCGUUCCUUCGCGCCGUGUUUUUGCAGUACAACUCCUUCUCGGGGACUCUUCCGCCGGAGAUCCGAAACCUCACCGGUCUUCAGAUUCUUAAUGUCGCGCAGAACCAUCUCUCCGGUAGAAUCCCCGGUGACCUCCCGUUGAGUCUGAAGUACGUCGACCUCUCGUCGAACUCCUUUUCCGGCGAGAUUCCGAGUGCCAUUGCCAACCUUUCUCAGCUCCAGCUGAUCAACCUGUCGUACAACCAGUUCUCGGGCGAGAUUCCGGCGAGCUUGGGAGAGCUUCAGCAGCUCGAAUACCUCUGGCUUGAUCACAAUCUUCUCGGGGGAACUCUGCCUUCGGCACUCGCUAAUUGCUCCUCGCUUGUGCAUCUGAGCGCAGAAGGAAAUGUGCUUGGAGGAGUGAUUCCGGCGGCCAUUGCAGCUCUUCCGUGGCUUCAGGUGAUAUCACUCUCUCAGAAUAAUCUCACCGGAUCGAUCCCAGCUUCCGUUUUCUGCAACAUUUCGGUCUACACGUCGUCGCUUCGAAUCGUUCAACUAGGAUUUAAUGGUUUUACGGAUAUUGUCGAGCCUCAGGCAUCAACGUGUUUCAGUGUUCUUCAGGUUCUGGAUAUUCAGCACAACAGCAUACACGGCAGGUUCCCCUUGUGGAUAACGAAAACGUCCACGUUAACAAUGCUUGAUGUUUCGAGUAAUGCAUUUUCUGGCGAGAUUCCACCAGGGAUCGGAAACCUCGCUAAAUUGGAGGAGUUAAGGAUGGCCAACAAUUCAUUCACUGGGUUGAUUCCAGAGGAAAUCAAGAAAUGUUCAUUCCUGCGUGUUGUUGAUUUUGAAGGCAACGGGUUUACCGGAGAAGUUCCUUCCUUUUUUGGUUACAUGUCAAGGCUGAAGGUGCUGUCCCUUGGGGGGAAUCUUUUCUCCGGUUCAGUUCCGGAGAGUUUUGGUAACCUUUCGGCGCUUGAAUCCCUGAGUUUGAGAGGUAAUAACUUGAAUAGAACCAUGCCUGAGGAAGUCAUGGGAUUGAGCAAUAUUUCAACUCUUGAUCUUAGCGGAAAUAAGUUCACGGGUCAAAUAUCUUCUAGUAUUGGGAACCUGAGUCGAUUAAUGGUUCUCAAUCUGAGUGGAAACGGCUUUUCCGGAAAAAUCCCUGCUAGUUUGGGGAAUCUUUUCAGGUUAACUACACUUGACUUGAGCAAGCAAAAUCUUUCUGGGGAGUUACCAUUUGAGCUUUCAGGGUUGCCGAAUCUGCAAGUCAUUGCUCUGCAGGAGAACAGAUUAUCUGGGGACGUUCCUGAAGGGUUUAGCAGUUUGAUGAGCCUGCGAUAUGUGAACCUGAGCUCUAAUGCAUUUUCGGGACACAUUCCUGAAAAUUAUGGCUUUCUUCGAUCACUGAUUGCUCUUUCUUUGUCUGACAACCACAUUACGGGAAUAAUUCCUCCGGAGAUCGGAAACUGUUCUGAUGUUGAGGUUCUUGAGCUUGGUUCAAAUUCUUUGACGGGUCAUAUUCCAACUGAUCUCACUCGACUCACUCAUUUGAGAGAGCUUGAUUUGAGCAGGAAUAAUUUAACUGGAGAUAUACCCAGGGAUAUCUCCAAAUGUUCGUCCUUAACUGCUCUGCUAGUGGACCACAACCGUCUUUCAGGCACUAUACCGGAGUCGCUGUCUGAGCUAUCAAACCUGACAAUGCUUGAUCUCUCUGCUAACAACUUGAGUGGGGAAAUAUCUAGUAAUAUUUCCAUGAUCCCUAAUUUAGUGUCAUUCAAUGUAUCGGGGAAUGACCUGGAAGGUGAGAUACCACCUACCUUGGGUGCUCGGUUCAACAAUCCCUCUGCAUUUUGGGAUAAUCAGAACUUAUGUGGGAAGCCAUUGGAUAGGAAGUGUGAAAAUGUAGUUGAUAGGGAUAGGAAGAGGUUGAUUGUGUUGAUUGUUGUAAUUGUUGCUGGGGCUUGCUUAUUAUCAUUGUGUUGCUGCUUCUACAUGUACAGCCUUUUGCGGUGGCGUAAAAGGCUUAAGGAACGGGCGUCUGGGGAGAAGAAAAGGAGUCCUGCUAGGGCGAGUUCUGGAGCAAGCGGAGGUCGAGGCAGUACUGAUAAUGGUGGACCGAAGCUGGUCAUGUUUAACACCAAAAUUACACUCGCAGAAACCAUUGAAGCAACUAGACAAUUUGACGAAGAAAACGUGCUGAGCAGAACAAGGUAUGGGUUGGUAUUCAAGGCCUGCUACAACGAUGGAAUGGUGCUUUCAAUUCGCAGACUCCAAGAUGGAUCACUGGACGAAAACAUGUUCAGGAAAGAAGCAGAAUCACUAGGUAAAGUGAAGCACCGAAAUUUAACGGUUCUUCGAGGUUAUUAUGCCGGGCCACCUGACUUGAGGCUCCUGGUCUAUGAUUACAUGCCUAAUGGAAACCUUGCAACCCUCCUUCAAGAAGCGUCUCAUCAGGACGGCCAUGUUCUGAAUUGGCCAAUGCGCCACCUCAUUGCACUCGGGAUUGCUCGGGGGUUAGCCUUCCUACACCAGUCCUCAAUGGUUCACGGGGACAUGAAACCACAAAGUGUCCUGUUCGAUGCUGAUUUUGAAGCCCAUUUGUCAGAUUUUGGGCUCGACCGUCUCACAGUAGCCACCCCUGGCGAACCCUCCACUUCAACCUCAGUUGGCACAUUGGGUUACGUAUCACCUGAAGCUGUAUUAACAGGGGAAGCCACGAAAGAGUCUGAUGUGUACAGCUUUGGCAUAGUGUUGCUCGAGCUUCUUACAGGAAAGCGACCAGUGAUGUUCACACAGGACGAAGAUAUAGUGAAAUGGGUGAAGAAACAACUACAAAGGGGUCAAAUCACAGAAUUAUUGGAGCCAGGACUUCUUGAACUCGACCCAGAAUCAUCCGAGUGGGAAGAGUUCUUGCUGGGGGUGAAAGUGGGCUUGCUUUGCACAGCACCGGACCCUCUCGAUCGACCAACCAUGUCCGACAUUGUGUUCAUGCUCGAAGGUUGCCGCGUCGGACCCGACAUCCCGUCCUCCGCUGAUCCAACCUCUCAACCUUCGCCGGCAUGACCCGAAAAUGGACUUUUCUCCCGGUCAAGUUUGACAUUUUUUAAUCUUUUUAAAUUAUAAAAAUUGUUGUAGCUCCGAUUUACUUUGCUGAAAAUAUUUCUGUCCAAGAUUUCAAGCAAAUUUUCUGUCAUUUUUUUUAAAAGCACUCCUGCUCAAUUUGCUGUUUGGAACUGAUGCCGGACUCGAAGUUGGCAAGGUGGGACCACAAAAAGUAAAAUAAAGUGAUGCGCUCAUCCAUCUCACUCCCUCAGUCAACUAUUUUGACAAUCCGGUUUAAUAAGAUGGAAGAGCGCGCACGGGCCCACCUGGCACUUCCCGCCAAAAGCAAGGGUGCCCGAAGGAACUGCGAUCGACUGAUUUCCUGGCAUCAUCAUGUGGUUUUAACGCAGGUUCAGGCCAACUGCAUAUAGCCGUUAACGUUGUGGGGCAAGAGCAGGACGUACAUCCUGUUCCCUAGGGCGGGUCAGGGCAUCGGGUGCCUCACUUUCCACAGUCCCUCAGGAGCCACGUGGCUUUCUCUACUGCCCUUGCAAAAUAUUUUUUUGUUCAGAGGCAACGGGAAAGUGAGGGGAUGGGAAAGAGAGAAUAAACAAGAAGACAAAAAAGUUCACAAAAAUUCAGGCCCCACGAUAUCUGCAGCACGGAGUGGGGAAGCGUCAGGCGUUAUAGAGCGAAGGGUAGAUGAUUGAUUGGCCCACGGGCUCAACAACUCUGAUUUUUAUUUUUAGGUGGGGCUUUAUCACCAUUAAUGGUUACUCGUAUAGUAUUGGAUUCUAUCGAGUUUUGUUUUCUAAUAUAACCAACCAGUUUUUGCUUUUGGGGCUGUAUCACCUGGAUAGCCUUAAAUCUCAUGUCUCAUAUUUUCACCCCAAUUUCAUUAUUAUUUAUCUAUCUCUGUUUUAUA